AUGGCAAUUUCUUCAGGGAUCUUCUCUACUUUCCUAUCCACCGAAACGGUGCCGCUUCUCAAGCCUCCCUCUCCUUCUCCCAGGCUGCUGGCUGCUCCUCCUGUUAACCUGCGCAUGGUGCGUACUGUGGUUACCUGCGCUACGGCGUCGACUGGGAACCGUGCUCCACGCGGGAUAAUGAAGCCGAAGCGAGUCUCGCCUGAAAUGGCGGAAUUUAUUGGUGCUCCUGAGGUCUCUCGUACUCAAGCGCUCAAGCUUAUUUGGGCCCAUAUCAAGGAGCGCAAUCUUCAGGACCCUAGUAACAAGAAGAACAUAAUUUGUGACGAGAAGUUGAAGAAGAUAUUUGCUGGUAAAGACCAGGUUGGAUUUCUUGAGAUUGCUGGGUUGAUUAGUCCUCAUUUCCUCAAAUGA